CACAACAAAAACGUCUUUCAGUUCUCUCUCACUCCUCUUUUCUAAGUCUUUCAACUAAUAGGUCAGGCUAGCUGACGUCUUCUCUCUUGCUUUGGCUCACUGAAUUACGUUUAUAACUUGUUCCUUUUCCAUUCUCUUUAAUCUCCAAAAGUUCGCUUUUUCUCUGUUGAUUGUGCUUCUGCAUUUGGGUUUUCCCUGUUUCUCUUGAACUUCUUUGGAAUUUCUCGAACCCCUUUUGCUUCAAGCUACGAUUCCAGUCCAAGAGAGCUAUCGCCAACUUGCUUGUGUUUAAAAUAUUAAUGGAUUUCAAGAAGGAAACGCGGAUGUUGUAUCGCUGGAUCGCUCGAAUUGGAAAUCUUCUACUUCGGUUAUUGUGGCAUCUCUUACAUGUUAUUAUUAACUUAUGCCACUUUACACUGGGUAUAGCUAAUGCGCUUGAAAGCCAUCUUAUCUCUUGGGGAAUACUGGGGAGAUACAAAUCCCUCCAUGUAGCCAAGCUCCGGUAUCUAGCUAUUGUGGUAGAAAGUGAAGAAGCUUACCAAAUUUCAAACAUUAUUGAGCUUUUGCAAUGGCUGGCAGCUGUUGGUAUCAAAUAUGUUUGCCUGUAUGAUAGGGAAGGAAUAUUGAAGAAAUCAAAGGACUUCAUCUUGGAAAAGUUGGAUGGUGCAAUAUUAUUUAAGGAAGCUCAUGAAAAUAAUGUGCUACUAGACCAAACACAUAUGACUCUGGAGUUUGCUUCGUUUUCUGAUGGGAAAGAAACAAUGGCCAAAGCAGCUAAUGUACUUUUUAAGAAGUACUUAAAAUCAGGUGCUACUGACAAAAUUCAGGAAGAGCAAAUCUUCACUGAAUCUCAAAUGGCCGAGGCACUCAAAACUGUUGGUAGUGGAGGGCCAGAACCUGAUCUUUUAUUAAUAUAUGGACCAGCCAGGUGCCACUUAGGUUUCCCUGCAUGGAGACUUCGAUAUACUGAGAUUGUACAUAUGGGGUCUUUGAAGUCCAUGAAAUAUGGGUUACUAAUUAAGGCUAUUUACAGAUUCACAACGGUGCGGCAAAACUAUGGUUCAUGAGGCACUGCACCGGGCGUUCAUUUUCCUGGACAAGUUGUGUCAUAGUAUACAGUAAAUGUCACGGUUUCAAGUUCGGUCUGGGGUACUUGGAUCUGAUUUAUUUCAAAUGGCUGAUAAUUUUCCAGAUAACAAUAAAGCAUCUCUCAAAACAACUGGGCAGUGAUUUAAUCAUCUGUCUGAGUUCUUGACCUGCGGAAAUUAGUUGCCUGAAUUCUUGACCUACAGAAAUUAUUAUCAUGCACGUGUUUGUUAAUUACAAAAUAACUCUUUUAUUAUAUGUUAUUCCGACAGCCAGAUCAGGUAAUUAUUGUUUAUAGAGCAACAUCCAGGUGAAAAGCUGCUUCUAUUUGGUAUAUGGAAAAGUGUUAAUUUGAAAAAAUUGUGGCUAUAGAAGAAACCUUCAGUCAUGGAGGUUCGUAGGGCAAAAAGAAAACUUGCCCAUAUAUGAUGAUAUUUCGAAUUAGGGUUUCCUUGAUAACCCUCAGCCAUUGAAAUAUUGACAGAAUUCAUGUAACUCU